AUGGUCACUCGCGUUGGAAUCAUCGGCCUGAGCGCCUCCGAUGGCACCUGGGCAGCAGGAGCCCACGCCAACCCACUCAAGACCCUUCCGCUCUCCGAUAAAUACGCUCUUAAAGCCGUAUCUACUAGCUCUGCCGCCAGCGCUGCGAAGUCUGCUGAACGUUGGGGUAUUGCUUCAGACAAAGCCUACUCCAGCGCAGAGGACAUCGCCAAGGAUCCGGAUGUCGAUCUUGUCGUGGUGUCGGUGAAGCUGCCUCAGCAUCGGGAUCUUACUCUUCCGCUGCUGAAGGCUGGGAAGGAUGUGUUUGUCGAGUGGCCGCUUGCGACGAAUUUGGAGCAGAUUGACGAGUUGCUGAAAGCGGCUAAGGAGGGUGGUGGAAAGACGUAUGUUGGGUUGCAGGCUAGGACCUCGCCGGCUAUCUUGAAGGCGAAAGAGAUCAUCGACUCUGGAGCGCUGGGGAAGAUUCGUUCCAGUACUAUCGUUGGACUUGAUUCUUUCCUGCUGCAUCUGCCGCCGCAGCAUGAUUAUGAGCACGAUGCCUCAACACGGGCCAAUGCAUCCACCAUCACCUCAGGGCAUGUUCUUGACGCGCAAGCCUUCCUCCUCGGCGAGUACGAGCACUUGACCGCCCAGCAUGACUGCUUCUUCAAGACCGUCACGACGCCUCAUCAUGAUCAUCCAGUCUCUCGCGACGCGCCCGACUCUUUCCUUGUCCAGGGUAAACUCCAGUCUGGCGCGGUAGCCAGCUUCAGCCUCAUCCUCACGACACCUGGAUCGCCAUCCUCUUUCAGUUGGACCAUCGCCGGCGACAAAGGCGCUUUGAAGCUAGAAGGUCCCAAUAUCAACAUCCAGAUGGUGUCCCCGAUGGUGUACUUCGCAUCGAACCCGAACUUCUCGAUGGAGGACUAUUUGGGCGGCAAAACGCUGGAGUGGGAAGAGGUUGCGGUGCCGAAGACCAAGACGGCGAACAACACUGGCGAUUUGUAUUUGGCGAUUGCGGAUCGAAAGAAUGCGGUGGAGGGUAGCGUCGUAGAUUUCGAACGUGCGGCGUUGCGACAUCGUAUGUUGGAGGCUGGAAUGAAGAGCGGGCGAGAGGGAACGAUCGAGAAGUAUCUCUAA